CUGUGACCCUAGAGAGGCGCACGAGGCUCAGGAGCUUGGAACUUUGGGCUUCGCAUCGUCAUUCCUAAGUUCCUUUUUUUUUCAUCUUGGAACGAAUAUCACUUCUGAAUAUGGUAUUCGCAUAUCCGGCGCAUACUUCAAGCUCGAGCAUCUGAAUUGAAAAUCUACGAGUACCUUGGCUGUUUGGUAUUGACUCUGGUCACUUGCCUGUGCAAAGUCGAACAUCCAAGCACUCGAACGCAACACAAUAUCGAACGACGUUUGCGACGCAUACAAAACUCUUGCGAAAGACCUAAACGAACUAUUUUCUCCUUGGUAUCUGCCUUCUCUGUUUAAUACCUGCGUAGGGAGAUAGGUAUGCGGUUGCUCUGCCAUGUUACUCUAGGGUCGAGACAGAUGAUAGGAUGAGCUUGGACUCUACAAUACCCAUCGCUCCGGCGAGGGUAAGGGGACUGGUUUUGCCCGUCGGCCAGAUCAAGCGAGACAGAUUCUCCUCUUUCGUUCAGAGACUGAAUGAGGAGCAUGUUGUUCAUCUUCGCGACAUCAGCGCCGAUGGGCGACCGAAUCGGAAUAUGUUUUCUCCCCUCGCCUUUCCAGACGGUGCUAUAUUCUACGAUCUAAUUACCUACGUACCACCUCCGUCACACCUCUCUCUAACCCCCUUCGAGCUAUUCCGUGAUCCUCUUGUUCUUAUUGCUAUCGCCGACGGACAGGAGCUCGAAAGCGUGGCGUUUAACAAAAGACAGUCAGCCAACGGUUAUGCGCCUACUAUGGUCGAGAGGAACAUCAGGACUCUCUACCAAGAACUUGAAGAUCUGAGAGAUACAUACCCCAAAAUCCUCGCGCAUCAAGUCCUGGUUUUCGAUUAUGCGCCACAUGCUGAUAAUACAAUUCCCGUCCCCGAAGGUAUUAAAACGGUACCACCGCUGGAAAAUUCUAAGAGGACUACAAUAAAAACCAUAAUGUGUGAUAUAUCUUCUCUGUUACUAGCGGAGAUGACAACUCUUGCCAAGUCCUUUGAGGGUAUGACUGUUAUAGACUCCCCCGGUCAAGCUCCCACAAAACCAGGCCUGCUGGACGAGACGAAACCGACAGUGCGACGAAAUUCACAAUAUGCUACACCUACUGUUACGAGGUCGGCAUCUGCCAGUGGUGCCGCCGAUAGGAACCAGGCUAGAAUGUCGAUGCCAGCACCUUUCAAAUCACUUCCCUUUGGAUCAAAUAGCUCAACCCCCUCGCCGCGCCCUUCAACUCCUGUUCGUAGUGGUUUAUCCAACCCACCCACUACAUUGGAAGAUUUGUCAAAUGGAGAUGGAAGCAGCAGCGAAGCAACAAACCCAGAACCACAGACAUCAAAUCGGCCUGGCUCUGCUGGGGGUACGAAAGUGGUCAAAGAAGACAGGGUCUUCAUGCAAGGCUUUGGGUCUGGUGGGUUUAGCGACAGAUGGAGGAAUAAAGGUCGAGGACGAUCGACAAUAGUUGUAGCGUCUUUAUACCUUCAGGCUGGUCGGUGGACUGACGCAUUAAAGGAGCUCGUUGAAGGUGCAACCGUCGCCAAGUCGAUGAACGACCACUUAUGGCAUGGCAAAGCACUAGAACUCAUCACCAUCUGUCUACUCUUACUGGGCUGGGUUGGCGUAGAGUUUGCAGUCCCUACGAUAUGCUUGCCAGCCAACGACAAGUCCAUUAGCAGCAUAUCCAAAGGACCGGAUUCCGAGGAGGGAGAUGCUCAACAACCAAAACACCUGCGGAACUUCCAGAACACCUUGCCCGACUUGUUGGAGAGAAUAAUAGGACUAUAUUCAAGGAUAUCUGGGGAACAACUUCCUCCCUUGCCACUAUCUGAGGCUACAGUCCGAUUCUCCAGUUUGCUCACGGCCCUUCACUUAUGCGAGGGCAGGCUAGACAAACGAGCAUUAGACAGCAUAGUUCUCGGCAAAUUGCCUAUAACAACUCUCACCACAUCACCUCGUCUCACGAUUACACCACCCCGUUCACAAAUUGCAACUAUGUUGUUUAAGGCUUUCCCGUCUUCCGCCCCCGAACUGCUCACCACUGUAGAUCGUGCAAUUAUUCUUGGCGGUAUUGCAUCUAUUCUGGGGUUAUUAGGGUUUCAACGGAAGAAAGCUUUGGUUGUACGAGAAUUGGUAUCCGUGUUGAUCGGAGGGCUAGUUGAAGCGAGAACACGGGGAGCUGCCGAGGUUGGCAUCCAUCCAGCAGCCGGCCUAGUAGCCUUGAAUGCUGCUCAUAGUCAUGGCAAAGGAGCAGGAGCUCUUGAGCUUGGUGAAGGAGAUAUAGAACAUGGAAUCGACGCAUUUCUCGGGCUGCUAUGCAAAACCUACGGAGUGAUCGAAUUCGAUGAUGUCGUUCGUAGGCCUUCUCACGUCACGUCUCUGGCGAGUGACACAGAUGGAAGCGUCAUUCUGAGAAUUGAGAGUCAAUCCUCCGCUAGACAGUUCGGGAUUAAUAAUAUCAAGCUCAACAUUCUUCGAGCUUGUAUAAACUUUUCUGAGGCUUUACCAGAUUUCAAUGGAGUACUAAAAUUCUCCAGCGACCUGCUGCGCACUGCCGGAAGCGGAGUUGCACCAGGGCCGCGUCGGGAAGAUGCAGCCCCUAUAAUCUCGAAGGACGAGCAAGUUAGGCUAGUGACUAACAUCACAAAGACGGCUGGAUUGUCAGAAAGAUUAGGGUUGGGAAAUUUGACUGCGGAAUACUGGGAUGAAUUCCUUGUCCGGGAGAUUACGCUGGAUGCCUUGCCACCAACGAGGACACCCGUACCACAUUCUAAGAACGUCUUACCAGGUGUGACAGCCGCGCGCUCCUCACAAGAUGUGAACCCCUUCAUCUAUAACCCGUUCAUAAGAGCAGAUACGGUAGAAGUGGAAAGGACACUUGUUUCCGGCGAAGUGGCGUCUUUCAGGAUAACCCUUCAAAACCCAUAUGAAGUCGAUGUGGACAUCGAAAGCAUUAGGAUGGAUGCAGAAGGGGCCGAAUUUGAAUCCUCGGUAGCGAGCACAAUAAUAGGACCGUAUCGAACACAAAUCUUGAAACUUUCCGGAACACCUAAAGCUGCCGGCCACCUAAGGAUUACGGGGGCUAUCGUGAAAGUACGCGGAUGCCGCGAGAGGAGAUUUCCCAUCUUUCCCCAGCCAUGGGCUCCCGACACAGAAACCAAGAUCAAAGGGAUCGGACUGAUGGCAUUGGAGAAAAACAAAAAGCUACCUUUUCCCGGGCCCCUUUUGAAACCUGACAGCAUUGGAUUAAGCGUUAUUCCCGCUCAACCUGUUGUUGUCAUCAAAUCUACGAGCCUCUUCCAAUCCUCAGUGAUGAUUUUAGAGGGUGAGCGGCAGGUAUUUUCUGUAACUUUACAAAAUCUCUCCACAUCUACGCCGGCAGACUUGCUGCUUUUCUCCUUUCAGGAUUCCACCCAAGGUCCUCUACAAACCGCUUUAACGAGUAGAGAUGCCACGCCCGCAGAGCUCUACGAAUACGAGCUUAUUAUUGCGAAAAAACAAGCCAUGAGGUUACGCAAGAUUGAUGAUUCCAAGAGGUAUAUCGCUCCGGGCGGCACGGCAACCUUUGAGUUCGAGAUUCUCGGAAAGCCUGGCCUCACCACCGGGACAAUCCAAGUUGACUACGCACAUCUUGGCGUACCACCAGCAGAAAUCAUCGAGCAGUUCCAUACUCGUCAAGUAUGUCUCGAUCUAACUAUCACCGUCAAUGCUAGCGUGGAACUUGCUAGGAUGGACUUCUUGCCUAUUCAAGGGGAAGUGCCUGGUCCCAUCUGGACUCGUUUAGGCGCAGAGGAGCCGGCAGCUGAAGAGACCGCUUCACUAUCUGACGAAGAGCAUUGUUUGUUAUUGUUGGAUCUUCGAAAUGCUUGGCCAAGCGAUAUGCAGGUUUGUCUCAAAUCGGACAACGGCAUCGUGAUCCAAGAACACAUUCUUCCAGGCAAUACGAAUCGCAUCAUUUUCCCAGUUCGGAGGGUCUACAUAGAUGAUCCCCAUGCAUCCAUUCCAGCACUCAACCCUUCGCGACAACGCCAAUUUGUGGUCAGCAGCAGUAAAAUCACACCCGACAUAGAACGAGCCAACCGGGAAGCCUUUUGGUACCGAGAGAAAAUUCUAGAAAGACUCUCGGGUUCCUGGAAGACUGUGUCAGGCCCAGCUAGAGAAGGUACUGUUGAGUUACGAGGCAUACGUCUCGCACCCCGUAUGAUCGAAGCGAUUAAGAUCGACGAAGUCGGCAUCGACAUAGCCGUCGAGGACUUGCCAAAAACAGAAGCAGAAACCCCCCCACAGGAAACGAAGAAAGAGCAGGAUAACGCGAUCUUUGUGGACGAGUUUGCCCAAAUCAAGGUCACUGUCACGAACCGGAUGGAUGAGCCUAUAUACCCGAGUCUCCGUGUAAUGCCGGCGUUGUGCCACCGCCCGCUCAACAUCGCCCUCGACUUUACGCGCAAGUUCGCCUGGAACGGGACCAUGCAACAGACGCUCCCCCUGGUCGGGCCCAAGUCCAAAACGGAGGUCGUCAUCGGUUUCACGCCGCUGUGCCGCGGCGAGUUCGAGAUCGGCGCCAGCGUCGAGGAGACCCAGCUCUGGACCCCGCCUCUGAAUGUCAGGGCGGAGGAUUCUUCUGCUCCUCAACCACCCCCGCGAAGGGAGAGGUCGGAGACGGAGAUCAUGAUGGAUGCGGUGCUUGGUGCGAAACAGAGGCGCAUAUGGCACUGUAGACGGCCGUGUCUUGUUCGUGUUCGCGAUCGGGAUUGAGGGUAGGCAAGAGGAGAUGAGUUGGCCAGUUGGGCUGGUGUGGUUUAGGUCGGGUAGAGAGAGAUGGAUCUGUGUAGGUACCUGCCUGCCUGCCUGCCUGCCUCGGCAUGUGUGAGUGAGAGAAUGUGUGCGUGUGUGUAUGGGCACGCGUAAGAGCGAGAGAAGGUGUGCUAUAAUCGGUGAAAAGGAGAGGCCAGCUAGCAAUGCUGAGGGAAAUAGAAAAGACGUACAAAAUACGACGACUUGUAGGUACAAUACCUACAAUAUCUACCUACUUAGUAUUAUAUUGAAACUUAACGAUCGAUGGCUACCUACUUGCCUACCUACUUGCCUACCUACUUUACCUACCUAGGUAGAAGCAUCUGAAUGAAAAGCAAGAACUCGAAUGAAAUUGAAUGAAAUGGAAUAUUCAUAAUAGGUAGCCUAGGGCUUUUACCAAAACAGCGUCGACGAAGGAUUACGGGCGUAGAUAGCCAGGUAGUUAUAAUACGGAAGAAGAGACCACGAGGGUU